AUGAUGUCGGUUGACGACUAUCCCGAGAUCAUUGAGGACUUCUCGUGGCGUCUGUCUGCCACAGCUGACGUCCGUCUGGACGACCCCAAAGUGAUCUACGUGGGCCGCAAUGACACAAUGAAGCCGGCCGAUGGUUUCGAUGGCUGUCUCUAUGCCGCUCAAUGGAACAACUUUUUUCCGUUUCGCCUGGCCUUCCAACAGCCGUCAAGUCUGACUGUCACGAUGGUGCCGAAUGGUGAGUGUAUGUAG